AUGGACAAUGCAAUAGAAGUUCCAGACGCCAUCGAGGAUAUUUUCGAGUACUUCUGCCAAUACUUGUACACGGGAGAUUAUUCUAUUCCCCUGCCAGUUGAGACAUAUCCCAGCAAACCUGAUCUUGAACAACCUCAGGUGGAAAACACAGAAACCUAUGCCUUGCAGCUGACAGGGAAUAUUUUUGAGAGUCGGGAGUCUAUUGAACGAAUAUCCAAUGAGCUGAUCGGCAAGCUUUGGCCAUAUCCUACCCUUCCCGGAAUUGGUCACCACUACAACUACCGCUUAGACUACAGUACUAUAUUACUUGCUCACGCUCGUCUUCAUGUCUUUGCAAGGAAAUAUAUCGUGGGGGCACUACAAGACAUAUCCCUCUACAAGAUGCUGCAUAUGCUUCAUGACUUUCCGCUGCACCAAAUAAGACAGGGUGAUAUCAUACGCGUGUUACGGUAUUCGUUCCAGGGAGACGGAGUGGUAUAUAGGGAGAUCCAAGAGAUAAUGCUGCACUACGUGACUCUAUAUAUCAAACACUUCAUACGAAACGAAGAGUUUGAGCAACUUUUGUUAGAGAUCCCGUCCCUGACUUCUGUAUUACUGAACGCUCUUGUUGACUUUCUUCAAAACUGA